UGCAGCAGAAGCUGCUGUCAAGAGGGCAGAGAAAGUUCGGCGUGCUGAGAUAGAAAAAAGACAUGCAGAGGUUGGUGCUGCAUACUACUCAGACUCAUUCAAUAUAAUUCAACAAUAACUUAAACAUUCUUGAAAAUGCGAUUCAAUCCAAGUAAAUUUGAUUCAAGUUAUUUUUUAAUUGCAAAUAACGUUUGACUCACCGGCAAAUUACAUUUAUUUAGGUCAUAGCAAAUGUUUUAAACUUUUAAAAAGAGUAUAGUUCCAAUUGUAUUUUUUAGGAGGCAGCAAAACGAAAGCACCAAGAAGAACAAAGCCAGCUUGAAGAGGAAGAGAGGAGAAGAAAUGAAGAAGAAGAAGAGAGGAGAUUGGAGGAGAGCACAAUGAUGGAAGACAUCACGGCGGGAGUUACCCAAGAGCGGAAGGCAGACAAAGAUAAUCCGGAAAACUGGCCAAGAUUUAUGUAUGUUUAUCAUCUAUUGAUUUUUUUUUUAAUGACAUUAAAACUAAUUUUGAAAACAUAAUAAAGAUGACUUCUGUAUGAUCAACUUUAUCAUUUUGAACUUUGACUUUUAUCAGGGUUUUUUUUUUUCUAUUAUAAUUAACGAAGUGGCUAUUCGGACCCGGGUCCGCAAAGUGAGAGGUUGGGAUUAAAAUUUAAAAUAAAAAAUUAUUGUUAGGUUGUAAGACAAAAUUUGGUAUCAAAUGAAAGAUUAUUGAAUGGACUGUAUUUUUGUAAACUUACUUCUUCAUUUCAACUAAAAUAAGCUACCACAAAUGACAUCCGAACAGCCUGAGACUAAUGGGACCCGGGUCCGAAUAGCGGCGAUGCGUUUCCGGUUCCAUUUUAACUAAAUUCUAUUCGAAUGUCAUUUGUGGUAGCUCAAAUCAUAUUUCCUUUAUCUCUCUUUGAAAAACAGGAAAAAAUAUAUUUAUGGGGGAUUGAGUUGGGCGUUGGGGCUGGACAUUAGAAAGAAUGUUUUUGCCAGGUUUCAGCUCGUUAGGAUGACGGGACGUGGGUCAAUGAGCCGCCCGAAAGUUAGCCCUAAACACACGAACAAAAGCGAAGUUAAUUUUAAAGCAUUAAAAAAAACAGCAGCCAUCUCUUUUCUUUUGUCGUUGUGCAUGUGUUAUUGAUUUAGAACCUUCGUAUGGUUUUCCCAAAUUAACUCAUUAAAUAAACACUCGUUAAACUUUCAGUUGGGAUAAACAAUCAGUAAUUUACUGAGCUGUUUCUGUAUUUGUGUCCGGCAGCUACAGCAUAGACCGAACUGAUGUUGAGACCGGAAUUGGUGUCAUACUUAAAGCCCCCGACGGGACCCUUGAAAGGGAUGACAUCUCUGUGACUCUUGUUGAUCAGUUGUCUGCUGUUCUUCCAAUGGGCGAGGCUGAAGAACUCAUCAGCAACAUUGUGUGCCUGGCACCAGCUGACCACAACAGAUCCAUCAAAGUAAGGUGGAAAAAGAAAAUAUGACAAAUUGGCUAGUUCAGUAACAAAUUUAUGUCUGUUAACAUAGGCUAGUUCAGUUAGAAAAGUAUUUCUGGUCAGAUUGGCUGAUUCAGUUAGAAAAGUAUUUCUGGUUAGAUAGGCUAGUUCAGUUAGAAAUGUAUUUCUGGUCAGAUAGGCUAGUUCAGUUAGAAAUGUAUUAUGGUGAGAUGGGCUGGUUCAGUUAGGAAAAUUAUUUCUGGCGAGAUAGGCUAGAUCAGAUAGAAAAGUAUUUCUGGCGAGAUAUGCUAGUUCAGUUAGAACAGUAUGUCUGGUGAGGUGGGCUAGGUCAGUUAGAAAAGUAUUUUUGUUGAGAUAGGAUCAUCUAGAAGAGAGCACUAGAUCAAAACUAAGAAAUAAAUUGUGACCACCAACGUUUAAAAAACAAUAUUGUGAUGGUUUAAGGUUGAAUCAUUAGUUUAUAAUCUAUAUGUUUGAAAAACGAAUAGAAAAUACAUUUUAAUUUCAACCUUUUAUUAAAAACAUCAGAAAAUUGUUGUAACUUAUUGUAAAUGCCAUCAUUACAUUAGUAUCAAUCAAAUAUUUAUCUAUUGUCUGCACUGUCUCUCUGUCUAGCUACCUGUGCCACUGGUGAUAGCCAUACCCCAUUGUGCGCCUAGGAUUCACCCUGGACGUGAACCAGUGGUCAAGCUGUUAACGUCAGAAGGACGCCUCAUGACGCUGCCAGCAUCAGAAGUCGUAUUUGAG